GGCAGCCAGAGAGUCGCCGCGAAUCGAUGCCUCGGUUGCAGACAUCCGUGCCGUGUUAUUUGUGUCACCACUUAAGGCGUUACGAGCAUGCGGGUGGCUUCCGUAGAUGCGCUCGCUCACACUCCGUCUCUCGGCGGGGCACCGCUGCGCCAAGACUCAGCAAACGAACGGCCAAGAGAUGGAAUCGAUUCCGAAAGCGCGUUCUGCUCGUGCACGGGAUAGGCAGAGGCGGGAAGCUCCCAACGAGGGCGGGCGAGGGGGGUGUGGAGAAUGAAUGACGAGUGGGCGGGUUGUCAGUGGGAGUGAGUGCAGAGAGAGGCUUACUCGGACGGGACAGGCAGAGAGGAUGGACGCUCUCUCCGCGCUUGUGCUGCUGGCCGCGGCGCUCUUCCCGCUCGUAGCGCUCUGCGUGGCCGCGUCUCGCCCCGCGUAUCGCUUCCUCAGGCAGCUGCUUCACAUGAACCGCAUCCCCGGGCCGAGCCCCACGUACCCGUUCUUCGGCAACGCGCUCAUGUUGAAGCGCGGCGGGGGAGGUGAGUGCGAGCCGGGGAGAUUGGCCCCAGGCAGUAGUAGGAGAGGGGACGGCGCGGCUGAGGUGGGUCGCUCGAUCCCAGUGCAGCGAUUGGUUUCUGCACUUGGGUCGGCUAAAUGCCACGUCUCGACAAUGAAAGCGGUUGCGUUAAAUGCGUCACCUGUGUGUGGCCAAGUAGCACGGUUGCUUUGAGUUGUCACUGUCGUAUCGUUUUCACAGUCGCAGCGUUGUCAUUAUCCUGCGCGAAUGAGCACGAAAGUGGUGGAAAGUUGCCAUUCCGGUGGCAGGAGCGAGUCUCUCCACAGGAAAACCGCUGUUGCCUUCCCUAAAAAAUGGUAACUACUUUAUCGACCCGGAAGGGAAAUGGGCCGAGUCAACCCCUAACGAGUAUUGGAGAAUUCUUUCAGCAACUCAUUGAGAUGUUGCCCGAGUUCAGGAAGGAGCCGCUCGUGCGCUUGUGGUUGGGACCCAUCCCGGUGCUCCUGCUCUACCACCCGGACACCGUGGAGAUGAUCCUGAGCAGCUCAAAGCAGAUAGACAAAGCGUUCAUGUAUAAGUUCCUGCAUCCAUGGCUGGGAACUGGCCUUCUCACGAGCACGGGGGAGAAGUGGCGAUCGCGCAGGAAGAUGAUCACCCCCACGUUCCACUUCUCAAUCCUCGUGGACUUCCUGGAGGUGAUGAAUGAGCAGGCGGAGAUCCUGGUGCAGAAGCUACAGCUGCUCGCCGGCCCCGAGCCCUUCAACUGCUUCAACCCCAUCACCCUGUGCGCGCUGGACAUCAUCUGUGAGACGGCCAUGGGCAGGAAGGUGUACGCACAGAGCGACAGCGAGUCGCAGUACGUGCAGGCUGUGUACAAGUUGAGUGACUUCAUUCAUAGGAGACAGAAAAUGCCCUGGUUCUGGUCGGAUUUUCUUUACUCAACCCUGGGGGAAGGAAAAGACCAUGACCGAUGUCUCAAGGUCCUCCACACGUUCACUGAGGAGGUGAUCAUAGAGCACGCUCAGAGCCAGAAGCAUGAGAGGGACACCGGGGCCAAUGCCCAGCGGCGAAAGAGACUCGCCUUCCUGGACAUGCUGUUGGCCGCCAAGGACAGCGAGGACCGGCCCCUCUCCCACAGCGACAUCCGCGAGGAGGUGGACACCUUCAUGUUUGAGGGGCAUGACACGACUGCAGCUGCUACGAACUGGGCGCUCUACCUGAUCGGGUCACAUCCGCACGUGCAGAGGCAGCUUCACCAGGAGCUCGACCAAGUUUUCGGGCAGUCCAGUCGGCACAUGACCAUGGAGGAUCUGAAGAAGCUGCGCUACCUGGAAUGCGUCAUCAAGGAGGCUCUGCGUAUCUUUCCUUCUGUUCCCAUGUUUGCGCGCACCCUGUCUCAAGACUGCACCAUCCGUGGAUUCACGAUCCCCAAGGGAGUCAAUGCAGUCAUCAUCACGUACAGCCUGCACCGAGAUCCGGACAGCUUCCCCGAGCCCGAGGAGUUCCGGCCUGAGCGCUUCCUUCCUGAAAACUCAGUGGGGCGCCACCCCUACGCCUAUGUGCCCUUCUCUGCUGGUCUGCGCAAUUGUAUCGGCCAGCGCUUCGCCCUAAUGGAGGAGAAGGUGCUGCUGUCGUCGGUGCUGCGUGCGUUCCGAAUUGAGGCCAUGGAGGAGCGAGAAAUGCUGCGCCCCGUGGGGGAACUCAUCCUGCGUCCAGAGAAUGGAAUCAAUGUGCGCCUGCAUCCGCGAGUCUAGUACAGAUGAGUGUCGCCUGUGCGUGCGGGUGGCAUGUGUCGCACAUACACUCAAGUCGGAGACGAGGUAGCUGCAGGAGGCACCGUCCUCCCCUUUUAGUGUUGUCAGGUUCACGCCACCACUCGGGCCCCCCCCCCCCCUCUCUCUCUCACACGACCACACUGCCGUGCGACCCGUCCCAGACACGACCCUGUCCGCGUUGCACCGACGGCGUCGACCGGGGCAGCCAACUACUGUCCGGCUGCGCAAUGAUAGGGCGAAGGCGGCAGCGACGAGGGCGGCGACGACGACAGGGAUGACGAGACAAGUCCAAUCCCAGAACCGGCAGCCCGGAGCUCUUGCUCUCCUCUUUGCUCCGCCCUAGCCGCGCCUGCCUUCUCAAACACUCAAGAGGGUUCCAGGGGCUUCCCCACAAGGUCUGCCGUGACCCUUGCCCCAGUUCCUCCACUCUGCCGGCACACCCAAGUAUAUGCUCAGCAGCGUGUGCGCGAAGUGCCCACCUGCAGUUGCAGCUUCUGUAUAACAGUCAAUGCUAUGUCACUACACAGGCAUCACCUGAAUCCACAAGUCUAGCACAGGCAUCACCUGCAUCCACGAGUCAAAUACCGGCAUUGCUUGCAUCCGCGAGUCCAGUAUAGGCAUCGCCUACAUUCGCGAGUCCAAUACAGGCAUCACCUGCAUUUGUGAGUCCAACACAGGCAUCACCUGGAUCUGCGAGUAGUACAGGCAUCACCUAAAUGCACGAGACUAGUACAGGCAUCACUUGCAUUCACGAGUCUAGUGCAUGCAUCACUGGCAUCCAAGUGAAUAGUACAGGCAUCAUCUGCGAGUCUAGUACAGGCAUCACCUGCAUUCGCGAGUUUUGUGCAUGCAUCACCUGCAUCCACAAGUCUAGUACAUGCAUGACCUGCAUCCGCAAGUUUAGUACAGGCAUCACCUGUGUCCGCGGGUCAAAUACAGGCAUUGCUUGCAUCCGUUAGUCCAGUACAAGCAUCACCUGCAUCCACAAGUUUAGUACAGACAGCACCUGCAUCCGUGAGUCAAAUACAGGCAUUGUUUGCAUCCGUUAGUCCAGUACAAGCAUCACCUGCAUCCACAAGUUUAGUACAGACAGCACCUAAAUCCGCGAGUCUAGUACAGGAAUUACUUGCAUCCACAAGUCAAGUACAGGUGAAGAGGAAACUUGAGCUGGUCAAAGAAGGGUCUUUAUUCUCGACGCCAACUCACAAAGCCAACCCCAAACUCUCCAACUCCAUUCCCUUAAAUAGCCCGUAUCUCCCCCCUUUUCCGCCAAUCACCUCGGGUUUUCCCGCCGUUUUAUAAUCCUCGCACCAAUCUGAUAAGAGUGUCCUCCACUCAAUCAUCGGAUUGCGUGUCGUGCACGGCAGUGCUCCCGUGACCCCUGACCCUUAACCCGUGAUUGUGUGUUUGUGUGUGAGGAUGUCCUGAACAUCCUCUACACAGGCAUCACCUGCAUCUGCGAAUCUAGUACAGGCAUCACCUGCAUCCAUGUGUCUAGUACAGGCAUCACCUGCAUUCGCGAGUCCAAAACAGGUGAAGAGGAGACUUCAGCUGGUUAAGAAGGAUCUUUAUUUUCAAAGCAACCUCACACCACACUUCCACUCGUCAUCAAAAACCAAUCCCGAACCCUCCAACGCCUUUCUCUUUAAAUAGCCUCUCUCCCCCCUUUUCCACCAAUCACCAUCUCGGGUUUUUCAGCCCUUUGUUAAUCCUUCUCGGGAUUUUUUCGCCCUUUGUUAAUCCUUGGGGUUUUCCCUCUUGGUUAAUCCUUCUCGCACCAAUCCGAUCAGAGUGUCCCUCCACUCAAGAAUUAGGAUUGCGUGUCGUGCACGGCAGUGAUCCCGUGACCCCUGACCCUUAACCCGUGGUUGUGUGGUGUUUUUUGUGUGAGGAUGUCCCGAACACAGGCAUCACCUAGAUCUGAGAUAAGUACAGGCAUCACCUAAAUGCACGAGACUAGCACAGGCAUCACCUGCAUCUGCGAGCCUAGUACAGGCAUCGCCUGCAUCCGCGAGUCUAAUACAGGUGUAAAGGAGUUCCCGACGACUCACUCAGAGGCUAAGGUAAGGUAGGGGCUUCUGCCAAGGUUUUAUUACAAAUCUUUAACAAUACACAGGGGUGAACAACUCCCCAGGGGUUAGGGUUCCCGGGCUAGGUCCCGACACAGCCGGCUGCCCUGUGCUGUCUCCUCUGCCCCGGCCGUGGGAUCAACCAACACGGCCGACCGAGGAGCACAGCCACGUCUAGCCUGGCACUGUGCUCUCCCCUAUCCCUAUCCUCUUGCCCCUGGCUCCCCGUUCCACCCUUCUCAGACCUUACUCUCCAGCUAUGACCCCGCUUACGUCACGGGGUCCCCUUUUUAUCCUUGAGGAGCCGUGACGUCACUCUGCUGCCCCGAGCGCCUGACGUCACGUCAUCGCCCUGGACAGCACAAGUGAUGCCACUUCCCCAUUCUACUCCUCUACAUUACCCCCCCCCUGUGAAAAAAACAGCCGACCCGGCUGCAAGAAAACCCCAACCUUAGGGCAGCACGGCAUCCCAGGCAUCACAAUAACAACAACCAAAUGAACGGAAAAAAAAGUAAGGCGGCUUCUUCCGGCCGGCAGUGCCGAGCGGGCGCCGGGGCUGGGUCCGACGAACGGCCGGCCAGGCCAUCACCGGAGCUGCAUCCCCCUUGAACGGGUAUGCGCUGCCGGCCCGCUUCCCCGUGUGGCGUCCGCCGCCGGUGCAGGUGGGCUGUCCGCAGGCAACAGGCCCACCGCCGUAGCCUCCGGUGGCCGGGGGGUCCCCGCCGGCGCUACUUGGAAGGGCCCUGGGGGCACACAAAUAGGGCGAGCGCCGCCCCCGUCAACAGGACCCGGCCGGACAGGCACGACGGACGCAUCACCCGCCGGCCGCCCCGGAGUUGGGGGUGGAUCCCCCAGGGUAGAUGGAAUAUAGCGUUUGAGCCGGGACGGGUGCACUAUCCACCGCCGGCGUCCGAACCGAAUUCGGACGCACUGCGGCCGGGGGACUUCCACGACCUCAACGGGACCCUGCCCAGGGCGGUGCAAUUUGGCAGAUGUGCCAACCGGGACCUGGGGACAAUGCAGCCACGCUUUCUGGCCCGCUACCCACGGGAGGCCCGCUGCCUGGUGUUUGGGCAGCCGCUCAUUAGCCGCCUGCCGGCCGGCGGAAUUCUCGGCAGCGGCCUGCCGUGCCUCGCGCAGCCGGUCAAGCGCGACUUUCAAAGGGACCGGCACAGCCGACCCCUUCCUGGAGGACCCCACGUCCAGUUGGACGUGCACCGGGGGCUCCAGCUCACUCCCGUACAUUAAAUAAAAAGGCGAAAAUCCCGUUGAGGCAUGAGGAGCCACCGAUACGCUGCCAAGACCCCCGGGAUGAACAGGUCCCAGUCCGAUUGAGACGUGUUCACAUGGUGGCACAGCAUGGAAGUGAGGGUGCGGUUCAAGCGCUCUACCAUCCCGUCCGAUUGGGGGUGGUAGGGCGAGGUGCGGAUUUUCUUGGUGCCAAGGAGGUCACACACCUCCUUGAGCAGCUUAGAUGAGAAAUUCCGCCCCUGAUCCGUCAACAAUUGUUUCGGCGCACCCUUGUCCAACACGUACCCCUGGACGAACGCCUCGGUGAUAGAAGAGGCCGACUGAUCGACCAUAGGCCACGCCACAGGCCAACGUGUGAGGUACUCAACGCCCACCAAGAGGUAUUUAUGGCCCCGUUGGGAUGCAGGGAAUGGGCCCAAGAUGUCGAGCGCCACGAGUUCAUUAACGCGAGAAACCCGGAUGGACUGCAGCGGGGCCUGGUCCUGGACAACUGGGGCCUUCCUCCGCGCGCAGUCGUGGCAACCCUUCAAAAUCAGUGCCACGUCACCCUCCACACCUGGCCAGUAAUAGUCCCGCUUAAGGGUCAAUAGGGUCUUGUGGUAGCCAAGGUGCAUACGCUUCUCGUGAAUGGCUCGGGUUAAUUUACCACGUAGGCUAGUGGGCACAACCACGCAAUAGCGUUCCAAUUGGGCAUCCCAACGCAUGAGGAGUCCGUCAUGCACGGCGAUCGCUGGGGUCGCCGACGAAGCUGAACCCCGGGCCGUACGUCCGACGCGUCGCCGUAGCUUCAGCAGGGAGGAAUCCUCCAUCUGCAAGCUGGACCAUACCUCCCGGGGGAGUCCCAGGCCGAAAUCCGUGGAUGUCGCCGCACCCGGGGGGGUGGCCGUCACGGCCGACGCGACCAACUGGGCCGCGACGUCCCCUGGGGCCUUGCAACGGCUAGAGCCCAGGGCGCAAGCACACCCGCCGCCUACCGGCAAUCUGGACAACCCGUCCGCAUUUCCAUGCAGUGCCCCCUUUCUGUGGAUUAUGUCAAAGGGGUAAUCCUGGAGCACCUCGAGCCAGCGGGACAGCUGACCCGAGGGCUGACCAAUCCUCAGCGAAUAUUGCAGGGCCGCGUGGUCGGUUCGGACUGUAAACCGCCUACCGUACAAGUAGGGCCUAUACAAUUUAACAAAAAAAACUAUGGACAAAAGCUCCCUCCGAGUCACGCAGUAUCGCUGUUCCGUCGGAGACAGAACCCGACUGCCGUAGGCUACCACCCUCUCCACCCCGUCGACCACCUGGGCCAGGACUGCCCCAAUGCCCAUGUCGCUGGCAUCGGUGUCAAGCAGAAAGGGCUUCGAGAAAUCGGGGUACCCCAAGGGCGGGCGCAUCCGCCAAGGCCGUGCGAAGCAUCGCAAAAGCAGCCUCCUCCUCCGCGCCCCAGUAAAACCUUUGGCCUUUGGCGGAGAGGGCGUGCAGCGGCUUCGCAAUCGUCGCAAAAUCGCGGACAAACCGGCGAUAGUACGAUGCGAAGCCGACGAAGCUACGCACCUCCGCGACAGAUGUGGGAGUCGGCCACGUCGGGACACAAGCCGUUUUCUCCGGGUCUGUGGGGACACCUGACGCACUAACAAUGUGUCCCAAAUAUUUCACCGAUGGUUGUAGCAAAUGGCAUUUCUGGGGUUUAAAUUUCAAGCCCGCAGCGCGCACUUUGACGAACACAGCCUCGAGGCGUUGCAAGUGCUCGUCAAACGUACGCUCAAAAACAAUAACGUUGUCCAAGUAGAUUAAACAAGACUCCCACUGCAGCCCCGCCAAAACCAUCUCCAUGAGAUGCUGGAAGGUGGCUGGGGCCGAAUGAAGACCCAUAUGAAGCCGAUUGAACUCGAACAGCCCCUGGGACGUGCGGAACGCUGUCUUGGGUCUAGAGGCUUCGUCCAGCGGCAAUUGCCAGAAGCCGGAGAGCAAAUCUAGAGUCGAAAAGAACCGCGCGCCCGAGAGGGCGUCCAGGGAAUCAUCCAUGCGAAGCAAUGGAUAUGCGUCAGCCACCGAGAUCUUGUUCAAUUUACGGAAAUCAACGCAGAACCGGAGACUCCCGUCCCGUUUCUUGACUAGCACAAUGGGGGCACCCCAAGGGCUAGUGGAAGGGGAGACGAUGUCCGCCGCCAACAUUUGGUCGACAGCCGAGCGGACAUGCUCCUUUUCCGCAGGGCUAAAGCGGUGGGAAUUAAGCCGAAUAGGGGCUGAGUCGCCCGUAUCUAUGUGGUGUUCCAAAAGAGUAGUGCGACCCAGAUCAAACUUACUUUGGCUAAACACAUCGGUGAACCUCUGGAUGAGUUCGCGGAGUUGCUGAUGCUCCCCGGUGGACAACAAGGCAUUCUCGUCGCACAACGUGGUGAUCCACGAUGCGUCGGAGUCCCCCGCACGCAUCACGCCCGCCACGACUCCUCCAUCUGGGGCAGCGCUCUCGGGUGGGGGAGCCGGGGUCGCAUGUGCCAGGACGGCACCGGCCGGGAUUACGAUCGGCGUGGGCCCCGAAUUGAGGACCUGUAGAAAAAGGUCCUGGCCCCCCGACACGGCCGUCAAGGCGCCCACCAAUCCCAUCGUCCUUGAAAAGUAACUCGACGGGGACAGGAGGAUACCUGUCUCCGUGGAGCCCCCUUCGAGCGGUCUGCGCAACCUAAGGGGUAGCAAGAUUUGUGAUGCCGGCGGCACGGUCACCGCCGCCCUAUUCAAGGCCCGCACACUGGCAACCAAGGGAGACAGGACGGUAGGCGAUUGUAGGAAUUGCAGCCGCCUCCCUGACGGCAAUUCCACACAGUCCUGGUCAACGAGAAUUCGAAUGGGCAUUCUAGACAAAAAGUCGGUCCCCAAGAGGCAUGGAACUGCCAAGGUCUUGGAGACCAAAAUAGGCCCAGCCAACUCAAUCUCGUCCACCCGAACCGACGCUAUAACUUGGCCCAAUAUGCCCAAACUGCUGCCGUUCGCGGCGACACAAGCCCCACGAACCGGCCCUAACGGACUGACGCUGCGGGGUAGGAGCUUGAAAAUGGCCUCUGAAAUAAUGGUGGCAGACGCUCCCGUAUCCACCAAGAGGCGAACUCGCACCCCCUGCACGCAACCCGCCAACGCUGAGGAGCCAGCAGCUGCCGCCACCAUCCGAUGCGCCAGCGCGUUCCAGUGGCGGGUCAGCCUGGGCCAUCCAGUGGGUGACAAUGGUGGUGCACCCGACCCCUCGAGGACAACCCCUUGACGAUGAACCCUAGCCCCGCUAGAUGCAUGAGGUGAGGGGGGCGGCCGCGCGGGUGAUGCGUCGCAACUCGCCUGGGGCCCUGGGCUCGAUGCUGAUGAUGGUCCGGGAGGAGUUGGAGCCCCCUUGCUGAAGGCCCCCGGAGCAUUCCUACACCCCCGCUCAAUGUGGCCCUGCUGACCACAGCAGAAGCAGGUCACCGUGGCAGUGUCCUGCGGGCGGGAAGGUCCCGGCUGCCCCCACUGCUCCGGACGGCGACCACCCGCGCCGGAGGCGGGGUGGGUGGCGGCAGAGUUGCGGCCCCCAUAGGCCACGCCGAAGACGUGGCAAGGUGCGGUAGCACUGCGGCUCCUGUAGGCCACGCCGGAGGCGCGGUGGGUGGCGGCAGAGUUGCGGCCCCCAUAGGCCAUGCCGAAGACGCGGCAAGGUGCGGUGGCGCUGCGGCCCCCGUAGGCCACGCCGGAGACGCGGUGGGUGGCGGUGGAGUUGCGGCCCCCAUAGGCCAUGCCGAAGACGCGGCAAGGUGCGGUGGCGCUGCGGCCCCCGUAGGCCACGCCGGAGACAUGGCGGUAUAACAUGGCCCCGCGGUGGUCCCUGCGGGCCACCUCGCAGGCGCGGCGACGGAUCGAUCUGCAGCCGCAGCCACAGCAACCUCCCGCGAUGCGGCGAGGGGUGGCGGCGUUGCGGCCUCCCCGGGCCACGCCGUAGACGCGGCGAGGUGUGGAGGCGCCACAGCACCUGCAACCCACCUGUCCGCGGCGCCGUAUGGAGCCGCGGUGCCGGCGUGCAUGCCUGCGGCGGCCUCCGCAUCUGCGGCAUCCUCCCGCGACGCGGCGUGGUGCGGCAUUGUUGCGGCAUUGUUGCGGCCCCCGUGGGCCACGCCGGAGACGCGGCGAGCAGCGGCCGCGUUGCGGCCCCCCCGGGCUACGCCAUAGACGCGGCGAGGUGCGGAGGUGCAGCAGCGGCUGCCGCCAACCCCACCGGCGCGGUGGGAUGCGGAGGCGCACUAGCGCCCGUGACCCACCUUGAAGGCGCGACGAGGUGCGGGCCCGCGGCAUCGCCAACGGCCAGCCCCGCGGCCCCGCCCGCGACGAGGGCCGGCGGCGCUGCGGCCUCCAUGGGCCACGCCGCAGACAUGGCGAGGUGAGGAGGCGCAGCAGCGCCUGCGAGCCACCUUGCAAAUGCGGCGGCAUAUGGGUCCGCGGCCCAUCCCGCAAUUGCGGCGGAAUCCGCGGCCCGGCUCGCCGGUAUGGCGAGGUGCGGAGCCGCGGCAGUGACAUCCGCGGCAGCGACAUCCGCGGCAGCCUCCGCGGGCAAGCUCGCAGCCACAGCGAGGCGCGGAGCCACGGCAGUGACAUCUGCGGCAGCGACAUCUGUGGCAGCCUUCGCGGCCAAGCUCACAGCCACGGCGAGGCGCGCAGCCGCGACAGUGACAUCUGCGGCAGCGACAUCUGCGGCAGCCUCCGCGGCCAAGCUCGCAGCCAUGGCGAGGUGCGAAUCUGCGGCGGCAUCCGCAGCCGCAUCCGCGGCCGCCACGGCCGCAACAAUGGCUGCCGCUUCCGGCGUCGCAGCGGAAAUUACGUCCACUUGCGGCUCCCCCACCAACAUGGCCGCCACCUCCGGCGGCGCAUGAAAAAUGGCGCCAACUUCCAAAUUGGCGGGCGGCAAAGCGGCGGGAAUCCGCCGGUGCCACGCGGAGUGUGGGCCGGGUGGGUGCGUCCGCGCUCCCACCUCUGUAAGGGCGGCGGUGAGCUGCUCGAUCGCCCACAGGAGCAGCUGCGACCGCUCCUCGGCAUCGCCCCCCGCCACCGGCGGUGGUGCGCUGGGACCCCCAGCCGCCGACACCACCUGCCCCGCCGAGUCCAUCUCCAUGGCGACGGACUGCCCCCGGGUCGCAGCCGGAGCCUCCCCGACGUCGUCAGCACUCUCUCCGGCGUCCCGCCGGUGGAUUCUUACGCCGCCCGCCCGAUUUAGGCAUAGCGACGGCAGCGUAACUACUCCUGACACCAGUUGUAAAGGAGUUCCCGACGACUCACUCGGAGGCUAAGGUAAGGUAGGGGCUUCCGCCAAGGUUUUAUUACAAAUCUUUAACAAUACACAGGGGUGAACAACUCCCC